CUCGCGUCAAGCGGGGGGAGGUGGCGCAGCCCGCGGCCGCUCGCGCCGGGUCGCGCUCAGGAGGGUAGAGGUGCGGGGCGCACCUGGGGGCGGGUGCAACAGGAGGGCGGGAGGCGGCGGACCCCGUUUCCCCGCCCGCCCUUCGCUGGCUUCCGGGGCUGGAAUCCGCGUCAGACCCCUGCCCGCGUCUUGGCUUCUGGCCGGCUCCUCCCGCGCCCUUCCCGGGUGUGAACGAGAGUCCACCCCGGGCUCCGGGGCCUUGAUUUUAAAAGGUCUGUCGAAAAUAUCGAUCUUCCUUCGGGGUACAAGUGUGUCCCCGAAUCCAUCCCGGGUUGCAGAUGACUGCAGGGUCCGUGCUGGGCAGUGGGUGGCGGGAAGACAAACUUUUACAAAAGUGCGCCUGGGCAGGGGGACCACGUUUAGGGCGUCUUGAUAUUGAAGGAAGAGGCUCGGCUCGGGGCUGCGAAGGGGAACUCCGCUCCGUCGGCGAGGUCGCCCCGGGGACUGUGGAUGCUUCUUGGAGGGAGAGGGUGUGAAAAGGACGUACAAAUCCUGCCGAACCCCUGGGCCAACAACUGUCAAAUAUCUGGAAUCCCAGCCCCUCCCUUUCCCUGCACUGAGGAAGAAGGUGGAAACCCUUCAACUUUCCUUUAAUUGCCCCCUCCCUGCCUUUGGACCCCUCUGGAAGGGUAAAGGGCCGACUCCCGGCGCCUGGCAAGAAGAAACAUGAGGUUCCCCUGGAAAUCAUUCAAGAGGAAGAUGGAAGGGGCUGUCUAAAAAGAGAUUGAAAGCUGCAGACCGCAAGACUGGGGCCAGAGGGCUGGCAGUGGAAAACCCUGUUGGGUUGUGAUCUCUCAUUGAAAAGUCCCAGUUGCCUUUUUGCUUCCUGCAGGAGGAAGGAAGCGAAGGAGAAGACCAUGUCCAUAGCCUUGAAGCAGGUGUUCAACAAGGACAAGACCUUCCGGCCGAAGAGGAAAUUUGAACCUGGCACGCAGAGGUUCGAACUCCACAAACGGGCUCAGGCAUCCCUCAACUCAGGCGUGGACCUGAGGGCAGCUGUACAGCUGCCCAGCGGGGAGGACCAGAACGACUGGGUAGCGGUGCACGUGGUGGACUUCUUCAAUCGGAUCAACCUCAUCUACGGUACCAUCUGUGAGUUCUGCACUGAGCGGACCUGCCCUGUGAUGUCGGGGGGCCCCAAAUACGAGUAUCGGUGGCAGGAUGACCUCAAGUACAAGAAGCCGACUGCACUGCCAGCCCCCCAGUACAUGAACCUUCUCAUGGAUUGGAUUGAAGUCCAGAUCAACAAUGAGGACAUAUUUCCAACGUGUGUGGGUGUUCCCUUCCCAAAGAACUUCCUGCAGAUCUGCAAGAAGAUCCUAUGCCGCCUCUUCCGGGUCUUCGUCCACGUCUACAUCCACCACUUCGACCGGGUCAUUGUGAUGGGCGCGGAGGCCCACGUCAACACCUGCUACAAACACUUCUAUUACUUCGUCACUGAGAUGAACCUCAUAGACCGCAAGGAGCUGGAGCCCUUGAAAGAGAUGACGAGCAGGAUGUGUCACUAACGCCCCAUCUUACCCUACGGAAGAAAGAGGAAAAGCUGUUUCCUCCUGGAGUCCCGGGCCGGCAGGAGGGAGACCUCCCUGGCUGAAAAGGCGCACCUACUUCCAGGAGCAGGCAAGCUGGAGACCAGCGGUGACUCCUGAGAGAUGUUCCCCGCUCACUUCGUGUGCUCUUAACCCUCUGAGUGCUGCUAGCCGUGACCUGUGGACCUGGCCAGGAGAGAAGGACGGCCCCUCACCCAUCCUGGAGGAAGGAAGCCUCUGCACUUACAUGCGUGUCGCAGUUCUGCCUGUGACCUGCCACCUAAGCUUUACUGGAAUUCAGGUUUUGAGACUGAGAUACUUAACUUGUACUUUUCCACUUACCUGUCUCGUCAGCCGGCUGCCUUUUCUGUAACGUGUUUUCUAAGUACCCAGUGAAUUUUGGAACUCUGGAUGCACAGCCAGUUUUUCUCUAACAAGCCUUCCUGUGCGGUCCCUGCAGGCUCUGGCCCUGAUGCCGUGGUCUUGGCUGGGAGGUCUGAGGCCCAUCCCACAGCAUCAGUGCAAUUUCCCCCAUAAGCAGUUUUACCCGGGACCUCUCCACGGGGUGGCUUCUCUUGCCCCAGAUAGGGUCUGCACACUUUCAUUUCAGGGAAGAGACUGGUCUCUAGCCUAAGGCUAACUUAGUUACCAGUUCACCCUCAACAGAAUGUGUUUUUUAUAACCACACCAUUCCUUGUCUCUUCCGUUCAAGAUAUUUUUUUUCCCGUUUCCCCGAAGAGAGAAAUAAAAGGAAGUUAUAAAUGACCAAGAAUGAUCAGCAGAUGCCCUGAGCCAAAUUAGUGCAGUGUUUGUUCAUUAUUAAAGGGUGUGGUGGCUGUCUUCACACAAUACUGAAAUUUCAGUGAAAAAAAAAAAAAAACCCAACAAAAGUACAAUGGGUAAUUUGGUGCCUGUAGCUGAAAUGCCCAGCCCAUUGAUUCGUAAUCUUCCCAGCCGGCCCUCUGAGCUUCUAGAUCCAGCCGAUGUUUUCUUCCUCUUCCUCCACGCUCUCCCUUCCUCUGCCCUAUGAUAUUAUGGCACAAAGUUAAUUUCUGCCCGGAUGAUGCUUGUGCCACAGUUGCCAAGGUAACAGUGGAGCUGGAGCCAACUUCCUUCUCCCAUCCUUCCCAGUGUUUCUAUCCCAGUAGACAGAAUCAUUCUGUGCUACAUCCUGCCUUUUGAAAGCUAAGUGACUUUUAGCUGAAGCAGUGUUGCCUUCUCUGAUUCAUUCGCAAAACCGUGGUGGUCCUGAGAGCCUGUGACUAGGGCGUGAUGAUACUUCCAGGGAGCGUUUGAAUUCGACAAAAGAGCAGUUGGUGGAGGGAUGUAGAUAAGAAUGUAUUAGGGCAUUUCAAUGUAAUACUGAUUAAAGAAUAACUCAACAACUCUGA